AUGACGGACGAAUGGAAACGUGCAGUGUCCGCUGUGCCUGUCAAGCUAAUGUUGCUGCUACAGGAUUUUCCACACCAGGAUUCCCUCUUGGAUGCGUUUGAUGACUUGGUGCUCGUUGUAACGGGGUGA